UAAUGUGACUUUCCCAGAUGGUAAAUGAUGGAGUUGGGAUUCAGCCCCGAACUGCCCAUCCCAAAGUGCACACUUUGCACCAUGAUGCCCUAAUGCUUCCCUACACAGACAGUAAGGAACAAGAAAACGUACAGAGCAGAGGAUGUUAACCAAUCUUGAACCAAAUCCCUGGUCUCUCAAAAAGGUGGAAGAGAGGCCCAGGCAUUCUUAAUUUCUUGAGGCUUCAAGUAGAUUAAAAAGGACCUCCUGGGAUGAGUGGGGCACACCCAAGGAGAUGCUCAGCAAGGAAGCAGCCCCAGAGAAAGGUUGCAGGUUACAAUUUCUCACAGACAGAUCUCUGAGUAACUGGGGACUUAACCUGCCUGUCUACUGAACCUGGGGGAAGAUCGAAUGGAGAUGAGUUGAUUAUAUUCCAUGAAGUCAUAGCUCAUCACCAGCCAGGGUUUCAACUACUUCACCUGUGGACUAUUCUAAAUUUUGCUUUCUUGGGGGAAAAUACUGGGGUAAGAAGAGGUCGUUUUUAACAAGUUAGCAUCAUUCUUUCUCCCUCCCUUUCAAGUUGAUGUAAAGGAUAAGGCUGUGACUCCUUUUGAUUGCACCUUCAAAUUAAAAUAGGAGGAGGAGAACAAGAAAGGGACAAUGGCUCUGAGUGGAAACUGUAGUCGUUAUUAUCCUCGAGAACAAGGGGCCACAGUUCCAAACUCCUUCCCUGAAGUCAUGGAGCUGAAUGUUGGGGGUCAAGUUUAUUUCACUCGCCAUUCUACAUUAAUAAGCAUCCCUCAUUCCCUCCUGUGGAAAAUGUUUUCCCCCAAAAGAGACACAGCUAACGAUCUAGCUAAGGACUCCAAGGGAAGGUUUUUCAUUGACAGAGAUGGAUUCUUGUUUCGUUACAUUCUGGACUAUCUCAGGGAUAGGCAGGUGGUCCUGCCUGAUCACUUUCCAGAGAGAGGAAGACUGAAAAGGGAAGCUGAGUACUUCCAGCUCCCAGACUUGGUCAAACUCCUGACCCCUGAUGAAAUCAAGCAAAGCCCGGAGGAAUUCUGCCAUAGUGACUUCGAAGAUGCCUCCCAAGGAAGUGACACGAGAAUCUGCCCUGCUUCCUCACUGCUUCCUGCUGACCGCAAGUGGGGUUUCAUUACUGUGGGUUACAGAGGGUCCUGCACCAUGGGCAGAGAGGGGCAGGCAGAUGCCAAGUUUCGGAGAGUUCCCCGGAUUUUGGUUUGUGGAAGGAUUUCCUUGGCAAAGGAGGUCUUUGGAGAAACUUUGAAUGAGAGCAGAGACCCUGACCGAGCCCCAGAAAGAUACACCUCCAGAUUUUAUCUCAAAUUCAAGCAUCUGGAAAGGGCUUUUGACAUGUUGUCAGAGUGUGGAUUCCACAUGGUGGCCUGUAACUCCUCAGUGACAGCAUCUUUCCUCAACCAAUAUACAGAUGACAAGAUCUGGUCAAGCUACACUGAGUACGUCUUCUACCGUGAGCCUUCUAGGUGGUCAUCCUCGCAUUGUGACUGCUGCUGCAAGAACGGCAAGGGUGACAAAGAAGGGGAGAGCGGCACGUCUUGCAACGAUCUCUCCACCUCCAGCUGCGACAGCCAGUCCGAGGGCAGCUCUCCCCAGGAGACGGUCAUCUGCGGGCCGGUGACACGCCAGACCAACAUCCAGACUCUGGACCGUCCCAUCAAGAAGGGCCCGGUGCAGCUGAUCCAACAGUCGGAGAUGCGGAGGAAGAGCGACCUGCUCCGGACUCUGACUUCAAGCUCCAGGGAGUCGAACAUGAGCAGCAAAAAAAAAGCUGUUAAGGAAAAGCUCUCAAUUGAGGAGGAGCUGGAGAAAUGCAUCCAGGAUUUCCUCAAGAUCAAAAUCCCAGACCGGUUCCCCGAGAGGAAACACCCUUGGCAGUCGGAACUGUUACGGAAGUACCGUCUAUAGGGCAGGGCAGGGGUGGGAGGAGAAACAAACGCUGAGCAUUUUGAAAUUGACCUCCUAAAGGAAAUUCAUAGUCGCUAAGAAAAACAACUACACAUUUGUUAGAACACAGUGCCCAUCGAUAUACUACUGCCUAUUUACCUAAUUCACCUUAACACGCACAUCCACAGGGUAGAUUUCUUUCCAGGUGGGGAAGUGUAAGAAAAUCUUUUUUUCUUAUGUGUUAGUUUGUUAACUUGGUCCCAUGUGCUGAGUAGAUAUAAUGAUAGCCAGCUCCGUGAGAGGAGCCCAGAGGCCUUGAGAGUCAUUUAUCCCAAACUGGUUUUUCUCUCAUCUUCUACCUCCCUCCUGUGAACCAGAAUAUGGUAGAAAGACAUCUGGCCCAGUGGUAUAUGUUUGAUUUUUCUUAAUUUUCCUUUUCUGUUUGUUUAUGGGGCAAGGGGGGUGGCAGAUUUAUAUGACUUUUCACUCAAAUCUAUUAUAUGCCAGUUUAUAUUGACUCCGCAUGCAUGAGGAUUUGUGGGACACAAGUACAAUGCAGUGUGUACACACACAGUGCACGUGACCCCAGGGCCUGGACAGCCAGGGGGUUGCCUGCUCCCGCAGCACUCGCUCAGAGGGCCUCUGCUAUUUUCUUAAAACCCUUCUGGGAAGAUUUCCCAGCCUCUCUUGGCAACACUUUCUAAUGUCAAAUAACCCUCAUCAUCAAGAAACUGUCUUCCUUUUUUUUUCUAAAUUAACACCCUCAGGCUCCAUUUUACCACGUUGCUCUUUCUCUGCAAUCAGAGAGGGUGAGAAGAGCUAGUCAGACAUUUUUUGACUUUAAACAAACAUUCAUAUCCACAAAAAUCACUAAUAAAUGGCCCCACACUCAGCCUUCUCCACUCUGAGCUGAGCAUUCCUUCUCUCACUGCUUUCCAAGUCCUUACUGCCCGUGUUUUAUGGUGUGGCCUUUCCACACAAUCCACAUUGAAUUCUCUGCGUUCCCACGUGGUCAUGGAAGUAAGAACACCACACACUUCACAGUUGAAUCAGGGUCCAGCUUUUUAUUUCUGAGGGAAUUUUAUUCUAAACACCUCCUAGUAAUUACUCAUAACUUUUCACACCUACAGCGAUACAUUGUCACUUUCUGGUAGCCAGUUGUGUUUGCCUUUGGGACCUGGCUGUGUCCAUACUAGAAUUAGCUGUCAUUUCUCUCAUAUCUGAACAACCCAACUAGACAACUGGAGCUCCAAAACGGAGGUUUUGGCUUUCUAACUAUCUUUCUUGAUUAUAUCCUUGACCUUUGUAGACACAGCCAAAAAGAAACUGUUACUAGCCACCCAGCCAUGUGACUCUGUAUUCUAUUACUGUACCAAUAGCUCUUUCAUAGACUUAAUCAUAAAUGCAGAUUAAGAAUCCAGGUUUUAUUUUUAGCAUUCCUCAUGCAUUUCAGUGGGAACUGAAAAAUAAUUUGUUAAUCAUUAUUUUUCUGCCAAGUACUCCUAAUUUUUUAUUGUGUGUUUGUGUGUAUCUGUAUGUAUUAUCACAGGUAAUAAAGGCAACUGGAUGGUGUCUGUAGGAGGGAACAUCAUGACCAGUUGCUUCUUUUUGAAAUAUUUCACUGAUGCAUCUUUGUAUUAUGUAAGAGGUUCCGUCUUGAUUCCUGUUAUUAGUGCCCAUUAGUAUAUGGAUAUCUUUCUGAAUUUUUGUAAUUCUUGCCUUUAUACCAGUGUGACAGACUCAGCCAAUGUUUCCUUGUUGUGAUGAUUUGAAUAGAGUUUAAAGUUUUACUUAAGUGAAAAAGAAAGUUUAUUGGGGAGUUGAGUUAUCAAGAGAAUUAUAAUUUAUGAAGUUAAUUGCUUUUCUUUUACGUAUUUAUAUAGUAGCAGACAUUCUACCUUAACUGCAACAUAGCUUUGUAAAGCCUACCAAUAUAUCUUCAUUCUUUUCAAUAUUUCUUACCACAUCAAAACACCAUCCUACUAAUAAUAGAAGAUCCUUCAAAGAAUCACUGAACUUAAUAGAUCAAGAACAAGUCGAAUUGAAUGAAGAUAACCUCAAACUUACUUAGGUCAAAUGACUCUUGUGAUCCUACUGGAAGUGCUAUCAAAGAAACGGGGCUUAAAUAAAAUGACAAAUCCCGAUUUUCUUAAAUUUCAGAGCUGACUGUAAUGGCAUCCAGAUAGAGACACAUGAGUAAGGAUUGGAGAACUAGUAUGAUGAUAGCCAACCCACUACUUUGACUACAUACUUUAAAUAAUAUGUUAAACACUUCAAAGAAAAUGUUCAUGGCAUUAUUUCUAUCCCUUGACCUGUCACGAAGUUUUUUUCUGCUUAGGUACUCUUUAUACCCCAGUGAACAGAACUAAUGGUAGGAAAUUUAUUUUAGAAAACAACAUUUCAUCUGGGUCAGCUCUAGACUGAUGCCCACCCCAUAUAGUUCAAAUAACUGAGACAACAAUGUGUUCAUUUGCUUGACUCUUGGUAUAGAGAUGGAUGUAGACGUGGUCAGAGAAAACCUCCAAGGAGGUACCGAGUGAAUGGAAAUCUUCAGUCCUGGUUUGAGUGGAGUUAUCAGGUGAUAUCUAUGCAGCCUGCAACACUGGACAUGAGUUCUGGGUGAGUUAUAAGAUUAAAUUCUCUAGUGGCCCUGGUAGUCACUGUGAUUCAGGCCUGUUUCCUGAACUUAAAAUUGUUUUUAAGAACUUUUAGCUCAAUUCUGGCCCUGUCAUAAUCAAUUUCAAGAAGCUUCUUGUAUAUCGCCCUUGGUUAUGACAAGGGCGAUAACUUUCUGAUAUGAAGAAACUAAAAGCAUCCAGUGGGUCAAUUGAAUCAGGAGCCCCAACUUGAGUUGUUUCCUGGGAAAUCCUGCAGUUCUAAAAUCCAGGGAAGUUGAGGAGGCCACUGCCUACAAGUAUGUGGCUCUCCUGACGUCAGAGACAUAUUCAUAAAGUAUUCUUACCCACCAUCAAAAAGGGAGUGAUCUGCAUUCAUCAAAAAAGGGGGGAAAGAGAGGAAAAUGAAACUAUUCGCUCAUGAAGGCUGUGUGCUCUCCCCCUGCUAGGAAGAAAUUGCGCUGAGAUGGGCCAUAAAACAACAAAGUGAAGUGGCUUCCAGAAUGUGCAGUGAUGUUGUCCUUUGUAAUUGUAGGCAUAGUUACCUUACUGGAAACACAUGCAUGGUGAAUUAAAAUAAAAGGGGAACAAUGUACAAACCCUAAGUGUUCCCUUCACUCUUUAUUCCUCCACAGCUAUUUUUACCCCCAAAUGAUUCAUUUGGGGGGGACAUAUUGAAUAAAGGGGAGUCACCAUGGUGUUUUUCACUUUUCGAUUGGCCUGAUGUGAUUCUGAGGCAGCUUUGUCCAUAGGCACAGAUGUGUGUUGUUCAUUCUGGGUCCUCUUAGUUACCACUGAUUGAGCUUCUGGAUUACUUUUGCUUCUCUGGGUUUUAAAUUCCUCUCUGAUUAUCCUUUGUCUGUGCCAAGCAAACCAUGCUCCAGUGAGAAAAUCAAAGGCAUAUCUGGCAUUUUGCAAAAUUGCUUGAUGCCAGCUCCCAUAAUGGGACCCAAACUUUGAUUCUCAUACAUUUUCCUUCGCUACAAUUUCAACUUUCCAACUCUGUGGUUCCUAUUUGAGUGCUGGUAUUUCUGCCAUGCCCUGGAAGAGAUCAUGCCGUGAACUCUAAGUAACCUUGGUCUUCUAGGUGACCUUUACUAGAAUUAAUAAGACUUUCUGUAAACUUUCAGGUGGAAUUCUUAGUUACCUCCACCUAACAUAGCAAUUUUCAAAGGAAAAAUGAAGGCAGUUACUUCCUCUCCCCACCUUCCCUCCAGCACUCUGUGGCAGAUAAAUGUUUUUUUUUUUCCAAUUUGCAUGCUGGGUUAUAGGUUUAGCAUGGACCAUUUCUCUCUUUAAUGUCUUGAUAUUGUUGAAUCUUGCAAUCUCGAUGGCCCACUGUUUCCAUUUAUUUAUUUUCUUUUAUAUUGUCAAAAUAACACACUAGAGGAAGAAUCAGAACGAGCAUUUUGUGUUCUGAGUCAUGAUGGAGUUAGAGGUCAUUUGCACAGGACUGUGCAAUGAUUAAUAUCUGCAGAGAAAUUAGACCAAAUGGAACCUGCUGGAAUGAGUUUGAUUGAUAUUGCUUUCAUCAUUCUGGGUUUCGAUGAGAUGGUUAUUGCUCUCCACCCCUGCUAAAAGAAAAGAGUCUUAAACUUUAAUAAUCACAGCGUUGUGAUGCGACCACAGAGCUUACUUGUUUUAAAUGUCUGUUUUUCUCAUCUCGCUGUACACAUUGAAUGGGGAUUCUUUUUUCGCUGACCUCCAUUGCAAACUGUUUAGCAGUUGUUGUUUUUUCAAUACUCAGUGUGCUCUAAAACGAAAGUCAUGUGUAACACUUGUCAAAACGGAGAGUUCCUUCAUCCUAGCCCCAGAAAGUCUGAUUCAGAAACUUCAAGUAGGGCCAAGGAGUCUGUUUGGGGCUAGUAUUCUUAAUGAGUUGGAUGGGAUGGUCUGUGGCCUUACUUUGAGAAACUCUGCUAUUUUAGAGACCAUACAGGGGUCAGCUUUUCUCUCACUUCCUAGUGGCACUUCCUUUUCACUACAAAUAAUUCAAAGUAUGCAGUGUUUAUUAUCUUAAGAGAAAAGGCCCAAAGAAGACCAUCCCAGGACCAGGGUAGAGUAAGUUCCAUGAUUCUUUUGGCCUUUCAUCUGUCUGUCAUCCAUAACCUCUUCUCCAUUUUGCAUGUGCCUGUGCCUUUUACUUAUUAUUAUUUUUUUUUUUACCAAACUAAAAGCUUGCAUUAAUAUAGUUUUGUCCCUGGGUAGAGGGGAGCACAUCUCUGAGUGAGAUGUAUCCUAAUGAUGCCCAACAGGAAAUAAAAUAGUGACCUCACCCAAGGAGAGUUGUUCAUCUCCAGGCCCUUAUGCAGUUGGAGUCAGAGGAACUUGAGAGUGAGCUAUAAUUUAACUAUGUGUAAGGCCCCUAGGGCGGGUGCAUUAACUUCACAUACUAACAUCACCAAAAUUAAUAUAGAAUAAUCAGUGAAUUUAGCUGUAUUGCCUCAAUGAAAUCCUGAGUCAUUGUCCAAUUUGACUCAAGCAGGACUAUGAAGCUCUCAGAGAGCUGAAGAUCCUGAUCCCCAACAUGAACUAAAAACUUCAAGCAAAAUCUUUGAGAGUGAAUACAUAGAAAAGAAAGAUAAAGAAGUGAGUUCAUAAAAGUGGUCAUAUUCCAUGUGACAUGGCACAAAGUUCUGUAACUUUCCAGUCACUCUAACCAGCGGAGAUGGUAGUACUCUGGUUAUUAAGAUAGAAAAAUUUUGGAAGGUUUCAACGGUCCAGUUGGUUCUGUCCAUAUCACAGAAUAACUGGAGAGGUACCAUUUUCCCACAUCCAUUCACUAUAAGAAAUAAAUCAAUGGCUUAAAUUCAUGCUUGUCAGGAUCAUCAGUGAGUAUUUAAGUACGGCUGCUGCCAAAGGAAAGUGGACAAUGGUUAAUGACACUAAUGAACUUGAGCUGCUAGUUAAGGUGAUCGGGCCACAAUUCUUUAAAAUGUUAAAUUUGAUUCUGCUUGCCUUCCUUCUUCUACUUCCCAAGUCAAUCCCUUUAAUGCCCCUGCUUCCUAGCCUUUAAGAAAAUGUUCCCAUUGUUUGUGAACAAAGUGCUUUGUUUAUUGGCUAAAAAACUGUUAGUUCCUUAACUGUCACCCUUGCUUUAUUUACAGUGAAAAGGCUAAAGAAAAAUGUGCCCAGGCCCAGCCACGAUCAAGGGCUUUGUCCUAGGGCAGGGGGCGGUGAUUUUCCUUUUAAUCAGCCUUCUAAAUGCUCUUACAGGCCAACUGGAGGAUUUAAUAAGUCUCCUUCCUCCAGCAACCUCUUCCAUCUUGUCAGCUUAUUCUUAGUGUUGACCUUUAAACUAAUUUCCCU